UACUUUUUCUUUCUUCUCAAAAAUUCUUUGUGCUAUUUUUAAAAAAAAAUUUUGGAAACAGAAGUAAAAUUUAUUAAAUCUCAAAUGUAUUUGAUACAUUUAUCCGUUUUGAUAAGUAUGCAGUAAAUACAUACUUCCAUAUAAGUGUUACUUACUUUGGGUUCAUGGGAAACGUUUGCUUUCGUACUUUGGUGUAUUUUUGAGAUACUAUAAAAGUAAACUUACGUAAGGAAAACUUCCUUGUGUUAAACAUGCCAUAAACUUUCAAUGCCUAGACAGUCCAAUAGAAUGUUAGCGCGCCUCAUUAUAUAUCAUAAAAAAAACUUUGAUUGAUUUGGUUACUCAUUAGCUAGUUUUAUAAGACCUAAUUCAAAAAUAUCACACUUUUUAUGGCAUUAUAAUGCUUCCUAAAGAAGAUUUUGCUUUUUCAUUGGUAGAUUUAUUCGUAAGUCCAACUAUAUAACUAACAUAAGUUUUAUAAUCUUUAUCCGUUAUUGAAAUACUAGUAAGUACAACAAUGAUAUUGACUGUUUUGCUUUUGUCAUUGGUUCCUCUUGCCAAAUCCGAUCAUUUUAGAGGUGGUACAAUUAGCUGGCAACCAACUGGAGUUGGUUAUGAGGUGCAGUUUUCAUUCAGAUUAGGAUGGGCUUAUAACAGAGGCCCCGGUUGUACACCCUCACUGAUAGGAUCUCUCGUCACGGGUAUGAAUACCUCUUAUUGGCAAUGUACAUCUGGGUGCUCAUCAACACAAAACCUGGACAACGUAAACUACAUCUGUACAGGCGCUAGUGUUCAAGAAAACUGGGAACAAGGGGAGCGAACCUUCAACUAUGUAUUUCCCGGCGAGGGUCCAUUUGUUGUUGAGUUUGCAAGCUGUUGCUGGAUUAGUCUGGACUAUGGGUCUGGUUCAAGUUGGUCAAUUCAGACAACAGUGAACUUGGCAACAAGAACUGAUAUUAACCAACCAAACAGUAGCCCUGUUACGACUGGAAAACCGUUGUAUACAGUUCAGUAUGGAUGUCAAAUUGCAAUACAAAUACCAGUGGCAGAUGCAAAUGACGACAUCGUGAGAUGUCGUUGGUCCAAGGGAUCUGAAUGUGUCUCUGUUUGUUCUUCUUUACCAUCUGCGACACUGGAUGAGGAGACAUGUACGAUCUUUUUUCCAUCCACUCAUACUGUGAAUGGAAUGUAUGCCGUGGCAUUCCCACGUUCGAAUAUUUCUAUCGGUGGUACUACUUAUACACCUAAUGACCCAAUGACAUCAGUCAAUCUCCAGUUUCUGAUACAGACUGCCAGUUUAAGUGGAGGAUGUGAUGAGAGACCUAAAUUCGUCAAUGACACACCGUCGGAGGGAACAGUGUUUAAUGUGAUAACUGGACAGACAAUACACAUACCAUUUUACGUCAUUAGCAAUGCAACAAUUUCAAGAGUCGAUGUUACGUCACCAGCGGGAAUGACGUAUACGUCUCCUCAGCCGUUUCCUGGACGACCAGGCGUUGUGUUUGUUAAUACAACAUGGACACCAACUGCCAUACAAAUUGGAUCUCAUAUCUUAUGUGCAAUAGCUGAAGACAUAAAUGGGAAAGCAAGCGACUCGCGGUGUGUUGAAAUAAGAGUUACAGAUAUAAGUCCCUGUGUGGAGCAACCUUGCGCGAAUAAUGGCACCUGUAUUCGCCUAGGAAUGACCCAAAACUUCACGUGCAUUUGCCUCUCUGGAUACACGGGUGACAGAUGUCAGACUGAAAUUGAUGAAUGUACGAGCCUACCUUGUCUGAACAAUGCAACAUGCAUUGAUGACAUCGAUUUAUUUUCCUGUGUGUGUCGACCCGGAUUUACUGGCAUCGUAUGCGAAACAGAUAUUAAUGAAUGUGCGAGUUUUCCAUGUGAAAACAACGGGACCUGUUUGGAUCGUGUUGAUCAGUUUGCCUGUGCGUGUCCUCUUGGUUUUACAGGCCUAUUGUGCGAAAUAGACGUAGACGAAUGUGCAAGCCGACCAUGUACGUUUUUAUUUGACUGCUAUGAUGGAAUACGAAUGUACGACUGCAAAUUAAAUAGUCUCAAAGUAGCUGCAAUAUUGUUGUCGCUGGCUCUAACGAUUUUGAUCAUUGUUCUGAUCAUCUACAAGAACAAGAAGAAAUAUAAACAUGUCGAUCAUUCCUGGCUAUCAAACUAUUUGGAUGUCCGUAAACCAGAUUCUCAACCAAGACAAGUUUAUAUGCCACAACAACAACCAGUACCGACAACAAAGCAAAAUCUAUCAUUAUCUAAAGUAUUUGCUAUCAAUGAAUCUGCAGAGAUCAAUAGGACAGAUGGAAAAUUGUAAGAAAUUGCUAUUUUGUUCUAAAACCACACUUCUAUGUAUAAUUAUUCACUUGUUUGUUUUAGCUUGUUGAUUUCUGUUGAUAUUAUAUGUAACUGCAAUAAAUAAAAUUAUUGAUUAGAAAUAUACUUAUUUGUCUUCCUUAAACAACCAAUUUUUAACAAAUUUGUCAGAUGAGCGCACAAUAAGACAUUUUGAAUACUUUAAGAAGUGUUUAUUAAUUAUAAAAAAAACAUUUCUGUACGUCAAACUGUCUAGUUAUUGCAAAAAACAUCAGUUGAAUGAUAAAUGAAUCUAGGUUAUGGUGUUCUACAACAUGGCUGCCAGAAGUGACUCCUAUUUCGUUACCUCUAUGGAAAACUUUCAUUUUUUUAAUUGACGCAAAAGUUUCUUGUUUUUUACAAUUUGACGCAAAAUACAAUUUACUUCCGUUUAAUGAAACCCUUAAAUAUCAUUCCGAUUGCAGCAAGAAAAGUCAACACAGCGUGUACUAAAGGUAACUGUAAGCAUUUUUUUAAUUAAAGGCAUAAAUAAUAAAUUUGUUAAACUAUUUCCAAUCGCCAGGUUAAGUUUAAAACGAACACGAAAAAUCUCGGAACAUCUUUUUUUCCAUAAAUGUAUGAAUUUAAGAUCUUUAUUUUAAGUUCAUUUUAUUAGGUAUGAAAAGAAUGAUAUAUAAAUCUGUUGAAGAAGAAAAUGUAUGUUAAACAACAUUAAAAAUUUGACAAAGAUAUCGAAGCGCGCUAGAUAACGAAAUCAAAAUCAAACACAGUAUAUGUACACUUACUUUCUACUCUAUUACAUGAAAAACAUACUUUUUAAAUUAUUCUAGUAAAUUGAUUAAUGUUACAAAGUCAAACUGCUAUAAAAUUAUUUGUGUAUGAAAAGAUAAAGAUCCAUUAUUUUUAUCUCGCUAACAUAUAAAUGUCUUCUUUACAGUUAUGAGUUUGAGGUUAUUUCGAUGAAUGUAUGAUAAGAUUACAUAAUAUUAACAGAGUAAACGCAUAGUUCACAAAUUGAAAAGUAGAAAAUAUAUUACAGAAGUCUUGUAUUAGAGCACAGCAUAAUUAUCUUUACAGGCACUUAGGUUUUAAUAACACUUUCUGCAUUCUGUUAGAAGAAAUUAAAAAAAAACAUAUUUCAAUUCAUUUACAUUUUCGAUUGGCAUUAUUAGCACUA